AGCCAUUUUCUUCCGAAAGCGAAGAUCGGACCCUUCGCCGCGACCGCUCCGGAGCGGGAUCUCUGGGAGCGCCCGUCCCCCCGCUCUGCGCCCUUGGAGCUACGUAAACGGCUCCACACUUUACCCGGUAAAGAGACAUCUACUUCACAUUGACCUCUUUGAGGACAUCUUCGAAGCCGAACUCCCCUUCAGCGACGAUGACUAUCUCCAAGAUCUCGUUUUGGUUCCCGCUCACAGUGCUCAUCUUCACAGCAAGCGCAGAAGAGCAAGAUCGUGCCAAAGCUAAGGCUUUGAUGCAAAAAGACUUCACAGCCGUAGCAUGGAAAGAACAUGAGAAAGCCCUCCCCUUGCUGUCGAACGAGCUGAAAGAGUCCCAAGCACUUGAAGAGGAAGAAGAAGACUUUCACGCCAAGCAGUCGCAUGGCGACACGGGCGACACUGUGGAGUUGGAAGACACUGCAUGCACCUUCGACGGUGGUGUCGCUUGUCCUCUUCUUCGUUCAAUGCUGGCUGGGAUGCUCCUUCACUUGGCUUGGCUCUUCUGCAGAAGGACGGAAGCCAAGGCAGCCAAGGCAAAGGCCUUGAAGGAGAAAGAGAAGGAGAUGAAUGAGACUGAUGAGAAUGAGUUGAGCUCUGAAAAGCCCAAGGCUUGGACCCAUUCUUCCUUUGAAGUUGAUGACUUUGGAUGUACCGCUCUACAUGCAGCUGCUGACUGUGCCAACCAGGAUGAAGUUCAUGAGCUACUUGAGACCAUGAAAAUGAAUCAAGAGACUUCCCUUUUGGACUUUGUGAAUGCCCGUGAUGCUUGGGAUGAGACGGCUUUGCACAUGGCGGCACGCCGUGGAUCUCUGUCAUGCUGUGAGUUGCUGCUGCAGGCCAACGCUGACUUGAACGCCCAGAACGCCGAUGGCAAGACACCCCUCCAGAUUUGUGGCGAGGCAGCAGAGCCCUUCUUCGUGACGAAGGAACGUGCUGAGCAGGUGACGGAUCCAAAAACACACGAAGAAAGCACCGCUGAGGUUUCGAAGAAUGUUUCGACGGGCACGUCUUCGGGAGGACUUGUUCCACAAUUCGAUGACUUCGAGAAGCUUUGCCAUCGCUUCUUAGACCUUGGCGCCACCUUGGGUGAGUCUGAUGCCCUGCCACGCCUUUGCACCAUCGCCUUGGCAGUGCGCCUGGUGGGCGAACAGAAGGAAUGAGAAGCUGCGCCAAAGGAGCUUGAAGCGAAAACAUCAGGGAAAAGAGGAUCUGAGAGAGACGCUUUGGCUGAGAAAGCAGCUGAAAGUAAGCAGCAACUUGUAUAGAGAACUGCUCCACUUGCUGUGAUUUCCCGUUCACCGCGAGAAGAGGAGCGCUGGCUUGCACGCACCGCGCGUCUUGAACAAAUGGAGAGACCAGCUGGAGCAGCGAGACGGU